AGUUCAAAAUGGUUGACAGAUUGUAGAACAGGAACAAUUUUUUGUGUACCCAAAAACCAAGUUUAUUUUGUGAAAACAUUCAGGAACCUGAAACUAGUGAAUGUCUCGGAUUUAUUGCAUUUAUAACAAUUAUUUUAUAACAUAGAAAGUGCUCGGUAACUGAGAAGGAUUAAUUUCUAUGAACUCAAAAAGUGAAACUGACGAAGCUUCAAGGGGGAACGAAGCAUCAUCGUCAAACAGUAAUAUAGCCCCAAACUUUUCUGAAGGUCAGCCUACUUCAAGCUUAUGCACAUCAGCAGAUUCAAACAACACGCAGGACAUUAUGAAGCGUGCGGCCGCUAAGCAGUUGAUUGAGAGGUAUUUUUACCAGUUACUGGAUGGCUGUGGGAACCCCAAUUGUGACAACCAGUACUGUGCCUCAAGUGGAGAGGCAAGGAAUUUAACACCAAAUGAAGCUGCAGCCGAAGCUAUCAAACUUUUUUACAAGGAAGCCAGAUUGUGUGACAGCCUGCCCAACAAAGUACCAAGGACAGAAGCAAGUACAUGUGAAUCUAGUGCUAGCACAACAUGUUCAAUAACAGAACCAAUGGAGAAGGUAGAUAACAAAAAUAAAAUAAUUGAUUCACCAACGUCCAGCUCUGCGUCAGUCCAAGAGAGCACCUCCGGAGUGGUGGAACCCCAAACUAGUCAUAAUGCAUCUCAGGAGGAGAAUAAAACUGUUAGUUGUCAUAAUAAUGGAGCGCCGCUCACCGAAGAAAGGAUCUACCAGUUGUGCGACGAGUGCCUGUUAACGAAACUGCCGCAGCCGCUAGUUAGAGCGUUAGGAGAAGCGUUUACGCAGCCAGCUAUAUUAGCGAGGUGUUUUCAAAGCAAGGUCUUACCUGAUAGUAGUAAUGAAGUUUGUAAAGCAGAUAAAGAAUCAAAAGCAAUGUGUUCCUCGAGUGAUCCGGACAAGGACGUCGACAGCGUCGCGGGGCCUGAGCUAGACGUGGCUUCAUGUCGUAGGGCUUUCCAGUACCUUGCUAAAGUGCCAUCAGAAUACUAUAGUUCAGCAUUGGUCACAGCGUUAACAACGCUAGCGGAGAGCCUCGAGAUCGACCUACGGAUAACCAAGAAGAUGAGCAUGGAAGAUGCCGUGAAUUGCUUCGUGAUAGCGUUUGAGGUGCCCGACUUAGGCUGUAGCGAUUACCUGGAGAUAGCUUUGCCGGCGUUAUGCCACGCCGCCGAGCAUUUGCCAGUUAAAGCGCAAGCGCGGCUGGCACGCACGUGGGCGACGCACUGCCGCGCGAGCCUGCGGCACAUCCUCGAGACGCUGCAGCAGCUGAUCACGCUGCGCGUCAUCUCCACCAACUACACCAGCCACUUCCAGCUGCAGGACGACGACGCCGUCACCAUGGCCACCAAGCUCAUGAAGAUAUUAUACUACGCGAACAUGCUCGCCGGGACGAUGGAGCCCAAUACGCUGCGGGAAGAGCCCAUAGUCAUAGCAAGUCAAUUAGACCCCCUAGGGGACGUUUUAGAUCACAUUUACCAAUUCUCCUCGCUUAAGAACUCGAAGCACUCGCAACCUGACGACCCUUUAGCUAUUGAAUUAGAUUUAAAUGUAUUAGACGCUAGAAAACCUUAUUUGCCAUUUGAGGAAUUUUACAACGAACCCCUAAGUGAUACUAUAGAAAUGGAAGUAGAUUUUGCGAAUUAUAAAACGGAGUUAAGUAAUGGCAAAAAGUUCACGUUCCUAAAGUACCCGUUCAUACUGACCGCUGCAAGCAAGUCGCUCGGACUAUACUACGAGAACCGAAUUCGCAUGCUCAGCGAGCGCCGCGUAUCAAUGUUACACGCGGUUGUAGGAGCCGCGCCGCCCAUGCCAUUCUUACGGCUCAAAGUUCGCCGCUCACACAUCAUCGACGACGCGCUCGUGGAGCUGGAAAUGGUAGCAAUGGAGCGCGUGCUCGACCUAAAGAAGCAACUGGUGGUGGAAUUCGAGGGGGAACAGGGCGUGGACGAGGGAGGCGUCAGCAAGGAGUUCUUCCAGCUCAUAGUCGAGGAGAUAUUCAACCCGGACUAUGGCAUGUUCACGCAGCAGCCCGACUCGCAUACUGUUUGGUUCAAUCCCACAUCGUUCGAGACAGAAGCGCAGUUCACGCUCAUCGGCAUCGUGCUGGGACUCGCGAUAUACAACAACGUCAUUUUGGCCGUGGACUUCCCCAUGGUCGUGUACAGAAAACUGAUGGGCAAGAAAGGCUCGUUUGAAGACUUAGCUGAUUGGAAUCCUAUUUUAUACAAUGGUCUAAAAGAUAUGCUUGAAUAUACUGGUGAUGAUUUAGAAGAAGUGUACUACCAGACGUUCAGGAUAUGUUACAACGAUGUGUUCGGCAAUAAUAUAUUCCAUGACUUGAAGAAAGAUGGAGAUAGUAUAUUUGUUACGCAAGAUAAUAAACAAGAAUUCGUAGAUUUAUACGCAGAUUUCUUACUAAAUAAGUCGGUUGAGACACAGUUCAAAGCAUUUAGACGUGGGUUCGUGAUGGUCACGGACGAAAGCCCUCUCUCGGCGCUCUUCAGGCCCGAGGAGGUCGAGACUCUCGUGUGCGGUAGCAAGAACUUCGACUUCAACGAAUUAGAGAAGUCCACCGAAUACGACGGCGGGUACACGGCCGAGUCGAAAAUAAUCAAGGAUUUCUGGAGCAUCGUGCACAGCUUGUCUCUGGACGAGAAACGAAAGCUAUUGGAGUUUACCACUGGCUCGGACCGCGUGCCUGUUGGUGGAUUGAGCUAUUUAAAGCUGGUGGUAGCACGUCAUGGCCCCGACUGUGAAAGACUUCCUACAGCCCAUACAUGCUUCAAUGUGCUACUCCUGCCAGAAUACGACUCGAAGGAGAAACUCCGCGACCGCCUCAUGAAAGCAAUCAGCUACUCCAAAGGCUUCGGUAUGCUUUGACGCGCUUAUAUAAACGUUGUUGUGAAGCCACGAUGAUGGCCUGUAAACAUUACUGAUUAAAGUUUGUUUUAUUUAUACAAU